AUGUAUAGCAACGCUGCAGACUUAAAUGUGAAAUACCUGAAAGAACUAAAUGACAAUAAACAGCAUAUUAUCAGUCUGGAGGAAAAAUUAUUCAAGUUUGAAGAAGAGAGAGAUUCUCUUCAGCUCGCUAUUAGGUCAAUAGUUCAGGAUAAAUAUCGCCAAAAUGAAGCUGCAACAAGUGCCUCAACUAUAAACAGCGAGAGCUGCAAUCAUAAGGAAUGGUCGAAG